GCCAGCAGUAGCAGUAACAGCGGCAGCCCACUAGGCAGUAGUAAUACUUUUCAAAAGCAAUUACUACCAACAAAAAAAGUUUAAUACAGUUUAAACAGAAUUUAAUUUAUAUAUAUAUUUAGAAAAUUUAACACAAAUCAGUUUAUUCACUUAAAAAAAGAAAAAGUUUGAAAAUCGAAGAAUAAGCAGCAUAUAUAAUUUGCAAUUCAAUACAACAAAAAGUAGUGGCAAAAAAAAAGAAAGAAAGAAGGUCUUGCGACAGCGUAAUACAUAAAAAGAAGAGAAAAAAAACAAGUGAAUCCACGGGAAAAAAAUAAGAAGAAGAAGAAGAAAUCGUAAGCAAACUCGAUAAAUUGUAUUCUCCUGUUGAAAUGUGUGUGCGUGUAUAAUUUGUCAUUUCAAAUAAAAUCCAAAUCAUUGCGGAAAGAAAUUAUUCGACGAGAGUGAGAGAGAGAGAGAUAAAUUCAAGUUGCAUUUUUGAUUCGCAUUUUUAUUGUGUGUGGCGUGCGUGUGAAGAAAAAAAACUACAAUCAGCCCAAAGUGAAUCUGAGGAACUGAAUGCAGAAAAUUAUUGCACAAAAAAAUUGCAGCAUAAAGUGCAACGAAAAUAAAUGAGAAAAAAAAGUAAUCGGUUCAUUGUUUGUAUGUCAUCGUGUAGUUUCUGCAAUUGAAAAUCUCUCUGCAAAUUACAAUUUACGAUAGUCCAUCAGUUUUUUUAAACCUGAUUUUGGCAGAACAUUUGAUUGUAGCACACAAUCCAAUAAACAUUUUGAUCCGUCCGUUUGUGAGAGAGAAAAAAAAGAACAAUUACACCUAACCAAAAAGUAGUGAAAAAGAAGAAGCUCGAAUCGAAAGAAAGUGUAUAGUUCUUUUUCAUUGACUUCUUUGUGGUGCAUUCAUCGCUAAUUUGAUAUCGAAUCAUUUGGCAGCCCGUUUGAUUUGAAUACCGAUCUAUCGUCCAAAAUCAAGCGCAUCAAAUCGAAAACAACAAAAAAUAAAACUAAACGUGCAUCAGAAUAAAAAUUAAACAUUGGACUUGUAGUGAACAAUUGCAUGUGCUAAAAUCACAAAAAUUGAAAGUUUCUCUCUGACUAUAAAAGAAAAUAAUAACCAAAUUGCCAAAAAUAAAAUUAAAAGAGAAAAAAAUAAUAAAGAAAAACUAUUGUAUAUAAAACGUGAAACUGUGUAAACACAAAAAGACUGACAAAAGAAUACUAAAAACAAAACUUUUCUACGUGAUACGAAACGGAAAGUGUGCGUACGAACAAUAAAUUUUUCACGAAAAUUGUGAAAAAAAAAACCAACAACAAAAAGCAGCAAAACAAUUUAAAAAUAAAAAACAAUAAAAAAGGUUCGCCAUCAAAACAGGUUGCAAUCAAAAUCGUGUUUAGAGUGUGUUGAACUGACGAAAGCGCGUAGCGUUUUGCUGAUGAGGUUUGUUUUGCAGUAUGAGCACACUUGGUGGUAGUCGGGGGGAGCGCAAUGCAAAGCCCAAGUUUUCAGCAUUAGACAUUAAUAGUCUUUAUCGAACUAGUCGCGGUGAAUCUCUAGAGCCGUCAGCACAGAAAAACGCUGUACCACGCAAACAUGGCAUGCAAAUAUUGGGAAAAGUUCCAUCAGCUCGCCGGCCUCCAGCCAAUUUGCCAUCAUUAAAAGCCGAAACAUCGACACCAACACAAGAUCAAAGUGGUUCAUGGCCAGCAGCAUCAUCACCAUCUGCAAACGUAAAUAAUCAAUCAGGAAGUAACGAGAAACCGAGCGGCGAUCAUCAUCAUCAUCAUCACCAACAACAACAGAAACAACAACAACAUCAACAACAAAAACAACACCACCACCAACAACAACAACAACAACAGAACUAUCAAAGUAAAUCAGCAAACAACAGUAACACCAGCGGAGGAGGUGGUGGCGGUCACGGAAACAACAAUAACAACAGUAACAAUAACAAUAAUUCAUCGGCAUCAUGGAGCGCGGUAACGAGCGCACACGAACCGGCUGUACAGAAACCGCUACUAUAUCAAAGUCCACAAUUUCAGCACGAAUUUCCAUCAUUAGACGGCAGCAAUGCACAAGUACAAUCAAAAGGAAAUCGCGGCACAUCCAAUGCAAAUCAAUCGGAUGCACACAACAACAGUCACACAAACAACAACCAAAAUGCAAAUGCAAAUGCUGCCGAUACACAAUACGAACAAAAUCGCACAGAAAAAGAUGGACAUUCAGAGCAAAUUGCAUCACAACAACAAAGCGGCGGAAACGGAAAUUCAUCCACAGCGGCCCCGGUCCACCAACGUUCUGUACCGCCACAGUUUCGGGCACUUAUGCCAACAUUUAUGCAUCGCAUGAGCGGCUUCGAUAAUUUACCGCCCGAAAAUGAAUCACAUCAACAACACCACCAACAACAGCAACAACAUUAUCAACAACAACAUCAACACCAUCAACAAAUACAAUCGCAAAUGGGAGGCAACCGUGACACACGACGAAACUAUGGCAGAGAUCAACAAUAUCAAUCGUACAAUCGAAAUUCACGUGGUGAUCGCAACGAUGACAGACAAUAUCGACGCGGUCCACCGCAUCGAUCCAAUCGACAUGAUCAGAAUCAAUACGAUGACUACGAUACUGGAUAUCAAAGCAUUAUUAAAGAAGAAGAAUUGGAACGCAUUGAUCAAAUUGUGAAGGAAGAUGGCUGGGUACAAGAUGAUGAAAUUGAUUAUAAUCAAAAACUUGUAUUCUCUGACGAUGAUUCAGACACACCGCCACCAAUAUCCCGAAGCAAAGAUGCCAAACGUGUUAAUUUCAAUGACAAGGAAUCCAAGGCAUCUGCACAUCGCAAAGAUGAACAAGAAAUGCGAGCUGCGUACAAUCGUGAAACCGAACGAGAAAAAAUGGAUCGUGAACAUAAUGAAAGAAAUGAACGUGAAAAAUUGGAAAAUCGAAUGCAACAAAAUGGCCAUCGAAGCGGUGCGCCCGUUGUUGAUCCCGAAUUACUAGUGGAACGUAUGAAGCAACGCCAAGAAGAAGAAGAAAAACGGGCACACGAACGACGAAUGGCUGCGGCUAAGAAACUUCAAGAAUUGGAACAAAAAAUCAAUAAAAAGAAAGAAUUGUCCGGUGAAAAUGAAAAUGAUUCGAAUGCAUCAUCGUCGAUGGCGCCACCCUAUGCCAAAGGUGAUGCAAAUGAAUCACGAACAAAUGAUCGAUAUCGUUCCGAUGAUGGUGGUAAAAUGCGCGAAAAUAAAGAUGCACGUGACUAUGGAAAUCGUUAUGAAUCGAAAUUUGAACGUGAUGUUGGCGAUCGUUCACGUGAUCGUGGCGCACCAAAUGCCGGUGAUGCAUUCUUCAAUAAACCAUACCAAUCGAAUUUGCCACCACGCUUCCAAAAACAACGCGAUCAACAAGAACGACACACCUACAAUAAGGUUGAACCGCCACAUCGGGCUGGUCCGCGCGAACAAAUUCGCCGACCAAAUCAAUCGUUGCAACAACCACAUAUUAUGAAACGUAAUGUUGAUGAUAUCAGAGACUCGAAAUCGGGCUAUGCAAAAGCAAAUACUAGCACCGGUGCAUAUUCAACGCAUUCGAAAACAAGUUCGUCUGGUUUAUGCGAAUCCGAAGACGAUGAUCGUGUGAGCAGCGGCCGUGAAUCGAUCAGUCGCAGUUCGAUUGGUGAACGAACAUCACAUUUGGGACGCAGCACGUCCGAUUCAUCGCAACCGGAAAUAAAAGAUAAAAUCGGUUCAUGGGCUGACGAAAUGGAAAUGGAUUUUAAGCAACCACAGCGACAAAUUUCGAACACAUCAAGUACAUCGGCCAACGAUGAUAUUCAACCGAAACAGAUUUUGCAACGUGUACGCAAGGUUUCAAUCGAAAGUCGAUCGGAUAAAGAGAAGUCCGAAGAGCGUGAACUAUCAUGCGGCAAUAUAUCCAUUAAGUCGUUGAAUCAGUCACAAGAGGAUGUCACUAGAGAUGUGAGCAAACAAUUUGUCACAUCGCCAAGUAUGAUUGAAGCACCGAAAUCAUGGGCUGACAGUGCACCGACUACACCCGAAAUUUCACGUAAAUCUAUUGAGAAUCUUAGCGACACAUCAUGUGUGACGGCUAAGACAACUGAUACUGAUAAAAAACCGUUGGAAAGCGUCUUGGAGAAUGAGCCAAGCGGUGGUGCAGCUACUGAAAAGAAAUCUGAUGAAAAAUCAAAUGUAUCCACCGUGAAAACUGGCCGCGGCUAUUCCAAAGACGAUAGAUAUAGCAGUGACGAUGGUAAACAUGGAAAUGUAUUAAAGCGACCAAACACAAGAGGUGGACGACACGAUCCACGUGUUGGUCCAACACGGAACUAUGGCGGAAACACAUCGUAUCGCGGUGGCAAUUCAAAUUGGAAUAAUAAUCGACGUGGAAGAUCGAAUCGAUACAAUGAAUUCAGUGAGAGUGAAGGAUCCGACGAUGAGUAUCAUGGACGCGGUGGUCGUGGCAAAGACGAUCGUUUCAAACAUGACUCAUCGAAUCGACGAGACCCAACACAAUCACAUCAAAAGGAUGUUUUUGUUCCACGUGGUGAACCGUCUCGUCGUGGAAGAGGAGGAGGAAGAACAGCUGGCCCGAUAGUAAAACGUAUCGAUAACUACGGUCCACCAAAUGCAAAGAGUCCGUUCGGGGCAAGUGACGAGAAAUCGGAAUUGAAAUCGGACACAACAACUGAAGAAACAGUAAUUAAGAAGAACGAGUCUCAACCAGCCGAUGAAAUUGCUGCACAUACAACUGAUUCAUCAGAUGUUAAAAUUUCAAAGUCCGACGAUAAAAAGAUUUCGUCGACGAAGCCAACAUUUGGUGCUCCAGCAUCAGUUCCACAACACAAAGAUUCAACUGGCCAUAAAGUUGAUACUCAGUCGUUAGUGAAACCAGAUGAUGCUUCAAAAUUGGCUCCAAUCACUGUGCAAGCACCACAACCUCAACGCAUCGAAAAAACUCCAUCGUUUACCGCAGAUAAACAACAAUUAGGUGGUGGUAAUCAAGCGGCCGUAGGAAGUAAGCCAGAGAAGCCGGUCAUAGUGAAGAAAGAUGAACCAAGCUAUGUACAUAGCCAGCGCAGCAAUGUUCCACUAACAAAUCGUGGCAAACCACAGAUCAAUGCUCAAUCGACAAACAAACCAGUUAGUCAGUCCAUACCAGCCAACAAACCUGUGGGAGGUAAUACAAAACCAACAUCAAAUGCCCCUCAAUCUCAACAACCGGUGAAUGUGUCAGGUGCGGUGGGAAGUGGAAGUGUGGUAAAUCGUCAACAACAGCCCAAUAAAAUGGCUCCAAGCAGCGGUAUCCAAUCGAUUGAGAAAAUGAGCCAAGAUAAUAGCAACAAACCGGAUUCGAAUACCAAAAUGUCAACGAUCAUUUUCGAAAAUACAAACUUCAAAUCGAUGCCCGGCCCAAUAAAACGCCAGACUGUUUCAUCAAAUCAACAACAGAUGCAAAACACAUCGCAACAGUCACAAAGGAGUGGUGUUAAUCAGUUCGAUCAAGUACAAGCGAAUAAUAUGGGCGGACAUCAUGGACAUCAUCCACAAAAUCAACAUCAUCUCGACAAGAAGCCUGAUGACGUGUUCAAAAAUGCAUCGAGCGGCAAUUUCCAAGACAUGCUUGACUCUCAACAACAGAUGCAAUCGCAAGUGCAACGUGCACAUCAAUCACAAACCGAUGUCAUAUCGUCAGCUCUACAAACCAUGUCAUUCCCAAAAUCCGAUGCUGAAUACGAAAAAGAUCUUAAAUUAGCGUUCACAUUCGAAUCGGAAAUAUUAAACGAUACACAAUCAAGACUCUCAGGUGAGAAAACUUCAAAGGGUGGUUUAUGCAUACCACCAUCACGUUCAACAGCCAUUCAUUCCGUUGCUAGUGGUCAAAAUACGAUUUCCCCAUCAAUUGCCGAUCUCAGUAAGAAGAUUACCAGCGUUAAAAAGGUGUGGGAAACGGUACCAUCGAUGUCAACAGUUAUCGAACAUGGAAACAAUUCGAGCAAUUCGGGAAAUAAUGACGAUUCACAUUUGUCAUCGACAUUUGUCUCAACACAAAAUCAACAGCACAUGCACCAAUUUACGCAUGCACAACAACAAUUGCAUCAAACCGGUUUGGCAUCGUAUACUAAUUCAUUCGGACCGGAUCCAAGUUCACUUGAUCAUUUCGCAAAAUCGGGUGGACAGGAUGGUGACAUUGAUAAUGUUGGUUACAAUCCAAGUCCACAGCAUAUGGUUGGCGGAAAUAAUAAUUCACAUCCAAAUGCUGGCCUCAAGCACAAUGACCCAUUGUCGGGCAAUGUUAAAGUGAAACAAAAUCAACCACCAAUGCAUCAGUCGAGUCUUGGAUUAUCGCCACCACCGAUGCAACAGGGCAUUCAAACUGCACCACAACCAUAUUACCAACCAUCGCAAUUUGGUGGCAUGUCAGCAAUUCCAUCACCGCCAGCCGUUUUGUACAAUUCGUCGCCGAUGCCCUCUCAAUACGGUCACUAUGAAAGAUACAUUGCAUCGGCGCACUAUGGCGGCGGAAAUGCAGCACCAUACAAUGCUCCAUACAUGCAAAGUGGUCCAAAUUUGCAACCAACGCCAGCUCCAGAUAUGUAUCAGAAUAUGACAUCACAAUUCCGCAUGAGUGGUGCAAUCAAUCAGCCGCCAUACAAUCAACAACAGCAGCUGAACAAUCAAAGUACUGUACUCAUUUCGUCGACAUCGAAUUCUCUAAUGUCAGCAUCAGUGAAACCGUCAUCGCAAAUCGGUGCAAUCGGAACUAAAGUGAAUGCAGGUCAAACACCGUAUGCACAACAAUACAUGGGAAUGUAUGCUCCACCUCAACAGCCACCACCACAAAAUAAUAACUAUAAUAACUAUAACAAUAGCUAUUUUGGUGCACCAAAUGCCAACUACGGAAUUUUCGGUCCACAAGCUCAACCACCAUCAAAUGCAUCUAUGAAUCAGCAACCUGUGGCAAACUAUGGUAACUUCUUGGCCAUUAAUCGACAAUAUCAAAGUCAACAAAACAAUGCCUACUCGCAACAACAACCGUCUUCACGGUCACAACAACAGCAACAACAAAAUCCAAAUCAAUCGCAAUCGCAACCGCCAUCCGGUCAACAAUCGCAACAACAAUCCAAUCCAAAUUCACAGAAUCAAUCGGGUCCGCCGCAAUCACAUUCACAGGAUACCGUAUCGAAUUCGUUUUUCAAGUAGAACAACACUAAAAUCGAUUUACAAUUUUUGAAAAGAUGAUGAUGAUGAUGAAAAAUUAAGCGCCCAAUUCGGUGUGAAUCAAGCAAAAACAAACGAUAAAUGUUAAAGCCUAGAUUGAAUGAAAUGUGUGGCUGAAGCUGCUAAACUUUGGUUUGGUCACACAAACAGACAAAAACAACAAACAAAAAUUGAAAAAGUAGAUGCUUUUCAGCUCAUUUUUUUCCAACUAUGAUCAUUCAUUAUUCUGUAUUAAUUUAUGUGUAUAUUUCCUGUAACAAAAAAUAAGAACAACCAUUUUUUUUCUUCAUUUGUGCACAUUUGUCCGAAUGGAUCGGUUAAAUUGUAUGGACAUUUAAUCAAAUGAACAGAAACACUGAAUAUGAAAUGAUAAUUUUCUGCGAAUUUUUUUUCCAUACACCGCACGCAAAAACAAAUUAUAUAUAUUUAAAAAAAGAGAGAGAGAGAAAUAAAUCUUGGAAACAAAACAAAACAUAAAACAUUUAACAAAAACAUCAAUAAAUUGUUUAAAGAAACUCAAACACCGAUGCUUACAUGGAAGAAAACACCAAUUUCAAACAUUUAUAAUAGACACUCCUGAUUACGGAAAACGUGUCAGCGAAAGAAAGAAACAUGUGAAAAAUAUUGAUUUUGUUCGAAUCAAUUUUUACUACUAAGCAAUCACAUCGGCACUAAAUAAGAUGAACAGAAAUGAACUUAUUUCGUUUAGAAAGCAAUGAAAUUGCUAUUUUUUUUAAACAAUUUUUUCUUGUUCUCCGCUGUUUUGAUUGUUAAAUGGCACCAAUUGAAAUAUUAUUUAAAUGUUGCCAAUUGGCAAUGAGUUUUGUCAUUCUGACGAAUAAACUAAUAAGAUAUGCACUAACUUUUGAAGUUAGUCUUGAGAUUUAGUUAGGAUUAUGGGAUUUUCUAUCGUACUAGCUUUUAGAGGCUUGAGACGUUAAUCCGCGUGUUUUUUUUUUUGCAUGGAUGCCAACCUAAAACAAAAACACUGAACACUCCCACACAAUAUUGUUAUGAUGCUUGAUGUCGCUGAUAUGCAAAUUAACAUUCAAAUUUCAAUCUAUGUGUUGUUGAUUCAACUCCGAUGCAAAUAUUGUGCAACAAAUAAAACGACUACAAAUCUAUAUGUAUUUAAAGAAAUUCCAUUGCUUGAUAUUUAUGACAAAUCGAAUGGAUUUUAUGCAAACAAUUCCUUUUUGAAGCUGAAUAUAAUCAUUGACGUAUACAAAACAAUUGUUGGAUAAAGUGCUUAAUUUAUGACAUUUGCUAAAAUCAUUUUUCAAACAUCGAUAGAAAAUUUAUGCAAAAAAUGCGAAGACAACAAUAAGAAGAAAAAGUAACAAGAAAAAAAACAAACACAUUUACUCAAUCUAGACACGGUAUUUCAUAAUAAUUCUUAUUAUAUAUUUCUGAAUAUAGAAUAAUACGAUUUGCCCAAUUAGCGCAAAUACACACACAAAUGAAUUCUGUCUCUCCUUCCGCUUUGAAAUGGACAUGAUGAAAUUUGAUGAGAAAAUGAGAAUUAAAUUAUCUCUAUUUAAUAAAACACAUUAGAAACACAUGGAACGUAUUUAAGAGUAUACAAUUGAAAUCCAAUUUUUAAAAAGAAAAAAAAAAUACAUAAUUUAUAUGUAUAUGUUCGAAGUAGCAAACGAAAACUCUGAGAAAAGUAGGUGGUAAUGGGAAAAUAAAUGUCAAGAGUGAAGAGGACAUAUAGAAAUCGUCGCAAGGUCAUUCUCAAAACCUCACACUCACAAAAAAACACACAAGUAUGAAAAAAGUAGACAUUGUAACAUUUGACUGUUAGAGCAAAAAAACGGUUUUGUUUUCUUCUGAGAGUGCAUAUAUCUAGCAGGAUGUAGUAACUGUUAUUAGAAGCAACAAAAAAUAAUAAUUGCAAAGUGAAUGUGUGAUUUAGAAAACAAAGAAACUAUCAAAUAAUUUUCAGUCUAGAAAUGAGUUUGCAAAAUGAAUAUGGGCGACUGCUGCACACAAAAACUCCUUUUCGAUGGUGCUUGAACAUAUAUAAAUGAUAUGUAAACACAAAUGGCGAAAGGUACACUCACACAAAUAAUACACACACUACUCCUACGUGGAUGAUAGAGAGACACAAGUGAAAAAAACAAAAAAAAAAAACAAAUUAAUGAUCCUUCAUCGAAAUGGAUGAAACAAGGAUUGAAUUUAAACAAAUAUAUAUAUAGAUGCAAAAAGUAUAUGUGUGAAAUUCAAAUCUAAUAAACAAAGCUCCAAUGAAAUGAAACGGAGAUUUUCUUUUUGAAAUUCAAUGACUAAAUAAUAAACAAAUUGAAAUUGACAAGAAAACAAAAAAAAACACACACUAAUGAUUUAAUUAAACUAUAUUAUUAAUAUUAUUACUAUUAAUCUAUUGCAAGACAACAACAUAAUAUUCAUGUGAAAUGGUGAAAAAGCCACAAUACAAACUAGAAAAUCACGCGCGAGAGAGAUAAGAAGAAAUU